AUGUAUGUACAUUUCUGAUGUAAAAUGUUUAAACAUUUACUAAUUCUUAAUUUAGUUAAAUCCUUUUUAGAAUUAUAAGGUAAUUAAAAUACAAAUGCAGUGUAAGUGCUUUGAUUUUUCAUGCUAGUGUCCUAGGAUCAUGACUAUGACUAGGUAACUAAAUUCCGGACGUCAUACGAACAGUUGCAGAACAUAUCAUGUGCUGGGACAAAGUAAUACAACUUCCUUUACUGGUCUAUAAACUCCUUUACUUCUGGCAGUUUCAUGUAGAUGCGCCAAUGGUGUCAGACAUGCUCAAUCAAAAAGGCUGUGGUGUUUCCAACUACAAUAUUUCUGACCUUAUUAUCAAUGGUGUUGAAGCACCCAGACACGCUUGGCCUUGGCAGGUUCUUGUUCUAACAGAUCAGACUAUGUGUGGUGGUUCUAUUAUUGACCGUGAAUGGAUCUUGACUGCGGCACACUGCAUAACAUCGUUAGACACAUAUGUCCUUCUGGGUGAAGUUGAUUUUAAACAAUACAAGUCUCCUUAUAGAAAAGUUGUAUUAAAGGUACAACAUCCACAUUACAGCAGUAAUCCCAAUAUAAACGAUCUUGCACUUUUAAAACUUUCAACGCCGAUUGACUACUCAGAAUCGAUUCGGCCGAUUUGCUUACCAGAGGGAAACAUUUGGGAUGCGUCCCCUUGUUUUAUCACGGGUUAUGGUCUAAUAACAAGAGACACACAUUCCCCUAUUCGUCCAGACAGACUGAUGCAACUCCGGACGGGUAUCAUGGAUCCACGUUUGUGCAAAACGAUGCUUACUAUGGUAAUGCUAUCACCACACCACGCUUCCUAUAUUUGUCUUGAUGCGCCAGAGAUGUCUGAAGCUUAUAAAGGAGAUUCCGGUGGACCUCUCAGCUGCUACAAAAACGGAAGAUUUUAUCUUCUGGGCGUUACUAGUUUCGUAGGAGAGGAUGAUGUAGCAUACUUGUUUCCAAGCAUUUAUGCUUCUGUUUCACAUUACAUGGAUUGGAUAAAACUUUACGUGGACAUUUAAGAUGCUUAUAAGCUUUCGGAGAAUUGCAUUUUGCCGCUAUUUCAAUUGCAUUUGAAUUGAAUUUCGGUUUUAAAUUGCGACGUUAUUGAUGCAUUCAAUAUUUUCAAACUAUCAUGUAAAGGCAUUCAAAGAACAAGUUUUACAAAAACAUGUAAAUUUUUUUAAGUAGGAUAUUACUAAAAACAUUUUUAAAGUUAUAUUUUGUGUUUAAAAAAGGCAUUAAGUUAAUUUAAUUCAUUGCACUAAGAAAAAUUAAAUCUACACUAUUACUUUGUCGAAUACGAAGUAUAGAUGAAGUAUUGUAAUUUUGCAAAAAAUCAAAAUCGAGAUUUUUUUUUAGAAAUCUCGGCGUUUUACACCUACCUUAGUAAGAAAAAAACUAUUUUUUCCCAUUGUGUAUGUAUGUAUGUGUGUGUGUGUG